UGACUGCUCCCUUCAACACACUCUCUCUCACUCUCACACAUUCACCUUUCUUCUUCUUUCUCUCUCGUCGUACAUAAAUUCAGAAGCAGCACAACCAGAACAUUAUUCUCCUCACACACACACACAAUUGGUGUGUGUUUGUUUCUCCAAUAUAGCAGAGCAUCAUAUCAUAACCAGAACAAUCAAACCAAUUGUUUUCUCUCGUCUCUGCAUUCAAUCGUUUCUCAUCGCAAUAUGGAUGAUUCUUCACAACACACCAAGAAUCCUCUCAAGCGAACCUUUGAUCAAUUAUACACAAAGCCACAAGAUGACGAUUCUCCCACAUUCAUCAACAUUGAUCCCAGAAGGUAUCAGAAUGAGGUAUUUCAAGUUGCAAGGAAGAGGAACACCAUAGCAGUGUUGGAUACAGGCACUGGGAAAACCUUGAUAGCAAUAAUGCUUAUAAAAGACAUUGCUCAAGCUAUCAAGUCUAGUGGCAAGAAGAAGUUGAUUAUAGUCUUGGCUCCAAUCGUUCAUCUUGUACAUCAGCUAUACAAUGAUUUGAAGCAUCAUACCGGUUUUCAAGUUGAGGAGUACUAUGGGAGAGGAGUUGAUGAAUGGAAUUUAAAGACCUGGGAGAAGGAGGUUUCUGAAAAUGAUGUGCUGGUUAUGACACCCCAGAUUCUCUUGAAUGCCUUAACUAAAGCAUUUCUGAAAGUAGAAAUGAUAAGCUUGAUGGUUAUCGACGAAUGUCAUAAUGCAACUGGCAACCAUCCCUAUGCAAGAAUAAUGAAGGAAUUUUAUCACCGAGCUAAUGAGAAGCCAAUGAUUUUUGGGAUGACAGCAUCGCCAGUAGUUAAAAAAGGUAAUUCCUCUACUUUGGAUUGUGAGGGUCAGAUAUCAGAACUUGAAAGCAUCUUGGAUUCUCAGAGAUAUACUGUUGAAGAUCGGACAGAGAUGGAUGUAUGUAACCCUUCUGCAAAAGAGAGUUGUAGAUUUUACGACCAAGCACGAUUUCCUGCUUUAAGUUUGAAGCCAAAAAUUGAAGCCUUGUGGUUGAAGUCUGAUGCACUAUUGUCAGAAUUUCAAAGUAACUAUAAGGAUGUGGACAGCAAAUUUAAGACACUGCAUCAGCGGAUGUCAAAUGACCUUGCAAAAGUUUUAUAUUGCCUCGAAGAUCUUGGACUCUUGUGUGCUUAUGAGGCUGUUAAAAUCUGUCAUGCGAAGUUCUCCAAAAUUGAAGGAGAGUGUGAAGUUUACCGAAAAGGUUAUCGUCAGUGUAUAACUAUCUUAGAAGACGUAAUCCAAAUAAUUGAAGAAUCCCUCAAUCUUGCCGAUAAAAUGAUUUUGGAUGUCGAAUCUGAUUACUCAAAUGCAGUAGACAAGGGAUACAUCUCACCAAAAUUACAUGAACUUAUUAAAAUCUUCCACACGUUUGGAGAAUCCAAUGAGGUGUUGUGCCUCAUUUUUGUCGAAAGAAUCAUUGCAGCAAAGGUGAUUCAAAGAUUUGUGAAGAAUGUUCCCCAAAUAUCUCAUUUAACAGUUUCCUAUUUGACUGGAAACCAUACAUCUGUUGACGCACUGGCUCCUACGAGGCAGAAGGAGAUAUUGGAUUCUUUCCGAUCUGGAAAGGUCAAUCUUCUAUUUACUACUGAUGUACUUGAGGAAGGAAUUAAUGUGCCAAACUGCUCAUGUGUGAUACGUUUUGACCUCCCCAAGACAGUCCGCAGUUAUGUCCAAUCUCGAGGAAGAUCUAGGCAGGCUAACUCCCAAUUUAUUUUGAUGUUGGAGAGGGGAAACUUGAAGCAAAGAAAUCAACACUUUGAGAUAAUCAGGACUGAGCGCUUCAUGACUGAUGCAGCUAUUAACAAAGUCCACGAGUCUAAUUUAAGGGCGUUUACAGUAGGGAACACAAAUGCAUAUGUCGUGGAUUCCACUGGAGCAUCAGUCAGUCUACAUUCUAGUUUAAGUCUUAUUAAUCAAUAUUGCGAAAAGCUCCCACGAGAUAAGUACUCUUGUGUGAAGCCGACUUUUGAGUCUCUGCCUAUGGAGGGGUGUUACAAGUGUAAAUUAAUAUUGCCACCUAAUGCAGCUUUCCAAACAAUAGUUGGUCCUUCAGGAAAAACUGCUCGUUUGGCAAAGAAUCUUGUAUGUUUAGAAGCUUGUAAGAAGCUGCAUCAAAUGGGGGCCUUAAAUGAUCAUCUUGUCCCCUUCACUGAAGAACCUUCAGAGGCACACCAUAUUGUGAAAAACAAAGAAUCUAGUUCAGGUGCAGGUGCAGGAACCACAAAAAGAAAGGAGUUACAUGGCACAGCCAGCAUUCGUGCAUUAUGUGGUGCAUGGGGAAACAAACCUGAAGGAGCCAACUUUAAUGCAUAUAAAUUUGAGUUCACUUGUAAUAUUGUUAGUGAAAUUUAUUCUGGAUUUGUUCUUCUGAUCGAGUCAAAGCUUGAUGAUGACGUUGGGAAUAUGGAAUUGGAUCUUUACUUAGUGUCGAAGAUUGUGAAGGCUUCUGUCUCUUCAUGUGGUAAAGUUGAUUUGGAUGCUGAACAGAUGAUGAAAGCAAAAUGCUUCCAUGAGUUUUUCUUCAAUGGUUUGUUCGGGAGAUUGGUUUCUAGGUCCACGUCAACCCCAGGGGAAAGGGUGUUUUUACUUCAGGAAGACACACGGUCAUUGUGGAGCCCAACAAACUUGUAUUUUCUUCUACCACUUGAGAAAUUGAGUGAUGUAUGUAAGGGAUCUUUGAAAAUACAUUGGUCUGGAAUUAGUUCAUGUGUUUCUGCUGUUGAAUUCUUAAGGCAGAAAUUUUCGUCGGUUGCCGGAGAUUGUGAUAAUGGCAGCAAAGUCUCAUCACCUUGUGAUACAAAUUCAUCAAAUGCAGAAAGCACAAACAAGAUUCACUUUGCUAAUUGUGUGCUUGAUCUUAAUGAUCUGAGAGAAAUUGUAGUUUUGGCCAUUCACACUGGGAAAGUAUAUUGCAUCAUUGAAGCAGUUAUGGACUUAUCUGCUGAAAGUCCUUUUGAUGGAAACAAUGAUAAGUCUGCGGAACCCAUAACUUUCUCGAAUUAUUUCCUCAAAAGGUAUGGGAUUACACUGAGACAUCCAGGACAACCUUUGCUACGGUUGAAGCAAAGUCAUAACUCUCACAAUCUUCUUUUUAACUUCCAUGAGAAAGAUGUUGGGGGCAAGUCAUCACAAACUGGUCCGGGAGCCUCAAAAGUGCCUGUGCAUGUUCACGUGCCACCUGAGCUUCUGUACAUUAUUGAUGUUAAAAGAGAUGUCUUGAAGUCAAUGUACUUGCUACCAUCUUUGAUGCACCGUAUUGAAACUUUAUUGUUAUCCAGUCAGCUCAGGGAAGAGAUAAAUGAUCAAGCUAGUAAUUUGAACAUAUCUAGCUCUUUGAUUCUACAAGCACUCACAACUUCAAGAUGUUGUGAAAAUUUUUCAAUGGAACGGCUUGAAUUGCUAGGAGAUUCUGUUUUGAAAUAUGUGGUGAGCUGCCACCUCUUUCUAAAGUAUCCUGAGAAUCAUGAAGGAAAAUUAACUGCCAGACGACAACAGGUUAUUUGUAAUGCAACCUUACAUAAACUGGGAACAAAUCGCAAAUUACAGGGAUAUAUCUUGGACUCUGCAUUUGAACCUCGCCGGUGGGUUGCUCCUGGGCAGCACUCUAUAUAUCCUGUUCCUUGUGAUUGUGGGUUGGAAACCCUAGAAGUGCCUAUAGAUGCAAAAUUCCGUUCAGAAGAUCCAAAAGUUGUGGUUGGUAAGUCCUGUGAUAGGGGUCACCGCUGGAUGUGCUCGAAGACUAUUGCGGACUGUGUUGAAUCUUUGAUAGGAGCAUACUUCGCAGGUGGUGGACUGAUUGCUUCCCUUCAUUUCAUGAAAUGGCUUGGGAUUGAUGCAGAACUUGAACCAUCCUUGGUUGAGAAAGCCAUCACGGUUGCAUCACUGCAUACAUAUGUGCCAAAAUCAAAUGAGAUAACGAGCCUUGAAAACAAACUUGGAUAUGAAUUUUCUACCAAGGGAGUCCUACUGGAGGCAAUUACACAUUUGUCUGAGGCAGAACUUGGGAAUGGCUGCUGUUAUGAGAGGCUUGAAUUUCUGGGUGACUCAGUAUUGGAUGUGCUUAUCACAUGGCAUCUUUAUCAGAGUCACACAGAUAUUCGUGAAGGAGAAUUGACUGAAUUGCGCUCUGCUUCUGUCAAUAAUGAAAAUUUUGCUCAAGUUGCUGUUAGAAAAAACCUUCACAUGCACCUUUUGCAUAGCUCAGGAUUAUUACUAAACCAGAUAUCUGAAUAUGCGAAGGUCGUGUCUGAAUCAGAGAACAACACCUUAUUACUUCUUGGCAUUAAAGCUCCCAAGGCACUUGGAGAUCUGGUGGAAAGUAUUGCUGGGGCUAUACUAAUUGAUACCAAGCUCAGUCUCGACGAAGUGUGGAAAUUUUUCAAUCCUCUCUUAUCUCCAAUAGUUACUCCUGAUAACCUUGAACUGAUUCCAUCACGUAAACUAAGUCGAUUAUGUGACUCUCUUGGAUACUUUAUGAAAAUAAAAGAAAAAUAUGAUAAUAAGGAAUCCACGGAACAUGUUGAGCUCAGUGUCCAGCUUCCAAAUGCCCUUUUAGUUCAAAAGGGAAAAGGACCAAAUAAAAGAAUAGCAAAAGAACAAGCUGCUUUUCAUUUGCUGAAUGAUCUUGAGAAGUGGGGACUUUCAUAUUACAGUGGCAUGUCCAAGGGAAAAAUGGAUAAUCAUAUCCAUAUCCAUGAUUCAUCUUACGUCAAAAAUGAUUUUAGUAUUUCUGACGAACACUCCUUAAAGCCAGCACAUAAAAGAAUCAAAUUGGAUGAAACUAACUUAACUGCAAUUCCAUCUACUGGUUGUUUGCCUGUCAAUGGCUCUUCCAGUGAAGCCUCUGAUGUUAUUGCUUCGACUCCAGUUAUUUCAUUAACUAGUAUGAAGAAGGGAGAACCCCGGAGCAAACUCAAUGAACUGUGCAAGAAAAUGCAGUGGCCAUUGCCUUCUUUUGAUCCAACAGAGUAUAAAGAUAGAAGCCAAUUUGGAUCCUGUGAAGCGCUUGAAGGAAGUAAAGGACAAAACUGUUUUGUGUCGACAAUCACCAUGAUCAUGCCUAAUGAGGGUACAAUAGAAUGCAGAGGAGAAGCUAGGAGUGAUAAAAAGAGCUCAUAUGACUCUGCUGCAGUUAAAAUGCUUCAUGAGCUACAACGACUGGGAAAACUUGAGAUUGAUAAUAAUCCCCAACAAUCUUGUCCUGUAUAAUGCUAAUCACUUUAAUAAAAUGAAAGCAUUGACUUUUAAUUUGUUAAACUAAA